UAGGAUUUACUGACGUCAUUUAAAUGCGCCAAAUCACACCGUGUUUUGGUUUUCGCAUGUAUUUAGUUUUUCUUUCACUUUUUGAUUCAUUUUUGUAAAACGUCAAGCACAAUAAGCUCCUAGAAUUUAUGCUAACAUUGUUAAUUAAAGGUUUAUUACCAGUUUAUUAACAAAAAAUGACUCAAGUUGUUUCCGAGUCGAGUGAGGGGCAAACGAACGGAGUUUUGGAGAUGAUGGAGUUGCUUUGCAUCGAUGUGCUGGAGGAGGAGGAAGAACAAGUUUUGCAGAGCUCAGAUAACACAGAACCAACGCAAUUUUCAAAGAACGUGCUGAGAAAGCAGCGGCACUGGGAGAGAAAGCUGGCUGCUCGGAAAAGCAAAAGAAAAGAGGAGAAACUGAGGAGGAAGCUCAAUCGGUGCUCAGGACACUCAGAGCAGCUGCAAAUCAGCAAGCGUGUCACGAAGGCCGCCGCCGAAGAGCGCUUGGCUGAGGCUCGGACCAACGGCGUCAAAGUGUGCGUCGACCUCAGCAUGAGCCACCGCAUGUCUGACAAGGAGACCAGCCGUCUGGCGGCUCAGUUGCGGCGGCUUUACGGAGCCAACAAACGGGCGAGCAGACCCUUCCACGUGUUUCUGACCAGCCUUCGGGAAGACAGUCGCCUCAUGGCGGAAUGCGUGCGCAUGAACGACGGCUUUCUGAACUACGCAAUGGAAAGAACAGAGAGGAGUUGUCUGGAUGUUUUCCCUCAAGAAAGCGUCGUCUACUUGUCGCCUGACGCAGAAGAAGCUUUGGAGCAGGUGGAGCGCGACAAAGUCUACGUCCUCGGCGGGCUGGUGGACGAAAGCGUGCAAAAGACGCUGAGCCUCUCCAGAGCCAAAGAACUGGGCGUCCGUGUGGCAAGGCUCCCGAUAGACGAACACAUGCGGAAGACCCCAAACGACAAGAACUUCCACUCGAAGAUCCUGGCGAUCAAUCAAGUAUUUGACAUCAUGCUAACUGUGUUCGACACGGGCAGCUGGACUAAAGCUCUGGACGAGUACUUCCCCCGGGCGAAGGGUUAUGUUGUCCCACAAAACAACGGUCAUGACGACACUUGACAACCAAUAAAAACGAGAGAAUAGAGCUUAUCGGUUUAAUGGUUUGCUUUGUAAUCCUGCACAAAUAAAAGAAGACAACACUCAUGCCGGUCUCCGUGAAUUUGCACCAGAACGCUUUCGAGGCUGCUUCUCGAGGACAAAGUGGACUAGCUUCUUCACCCAGGACGACUGCGAGUCCAGGCA